AUGGCGAGCAACAAGGAAUUCAGCGGCUCGCGCUACUCACCCGUCCUUGAGACCAGCCGCAUUUACUCUGAUCUGUGUGAUCAAUCGGAUCGCCUUGGCCUGCCCUCUCCGGUCCUGGCCAAUAAAGAUCGGGUUUCCUUUUCCACCAGCCAUAACGAAAUAUACUUCCCGAUCCCGUUCAAAGAGACGGAGACUUUGGCAGCGCUCAAGGGUAUCGAGGGCUCUGUAGCUGCUGCUAUUGCGGACCUGCGUUUCGGCCAGAAUGCGCAGCCACGCGGUGUCCAGGUCAGUCUCGAAGGUGCCACGGCCUUUGGAUGUCAGGCCUACAUGGCCAAGCUGGACGGACUGUCGAAGCUGGAUCCCAACGUGAAGUCUAAACUGAAGGACACGGAUCUGCUGGCUGCUCAAUCAAAUGGCUAUCGACGCAUGUCGGCCAACUUAUACAAGACGAAGAACCCUGGAGAAUUCUAUCACAUUCACGGCUCCUUGGAGGCCACAACAACCUUGAACAUGAUCGGCCUGGAGGGCCACCGCCCUGAUUUGACGGACUAUGAGGACAUCAUCAAGGUGAUUGAGGGUCAGGUGCAAAAGUAUUCCGUUUCUGAGCUGGAGGUGAUGAACAAGGAGAGACGCCAAGCCGGUGUCCCGGCGCUGAAGCACGACGACUUCAUUAAGACCCCUCAUGGCAAAGUCAACGUGCAAGAGCCUGCAUGGAAGGUCACUCAACUCCAGGGCAACUUGCCCCCAACUCCAUUCCCCGCCAACCGUAGCGGCAGCAAGAAGAUCCUCGAAGGUGUCAAAGUCCUGGAGAUGUGCCGUAUCAUUGCCGGUCCCACCGUCACCCGCAUUCUGGCCGAGUACGGUGCCGACGUGCUGAAGAUCACCAGCCCGAACCUGUCGGACGUACCUUUCUUCCAGGUCGACGGCAACAUGGGCAAGCACGCCGCAGAUCUCGAUCUGAAGACCGCGGCUGGAAAAGCCGAGUUCGAGAAGCUGUUAGCCGACGUGGAUGUUAUCGUGGACGGAUACCGUCCUGGUGCCUUGGAGAAGCUCGGAUACGGGCCCCAGGCCAUGGCUGCCAUGGCUGAGAAGCGGGGAAAAGGCAUCGUCUACGUGAACGAGAACUGUUUCGGCUAUGAGGGCGAAUGGGCUGAUCGUGCUGGUUGGCAACAGAUCGCAGACUGUGUCACUGGUAUUGCCUGGGCCCAAGGUCAAUUCAUGGGUCUUUCCACACCAGUCGUUCCCCCAUUCCCCAUCUCCGACUACGGCACAGGCUGCAUGGGCGCCAUCGCCGCCCUGUCUGGUCUAUACCACCGAGCAAAGUCCGGCGGCUCGUACCACGGCAAAGCCUCCCUUAUGCACUACGAUCUCCUCCUCUUCGCAAUGGGCCAGUAUUCCGCCGAGGUGCAAGAAGAACUACGCGCGUCGCAGCCGCCCGAGUUCUUCAAGUUGCGUCACUGCGACAGUGUCGAUCGUAUCUCAUCGACCGUGCUCAAGGGCAUGCACCAGCGAUUCCCGCAUCUGUAUGCGGCUGCUGGGGAGCAGCGCGAGGGUCGCCAGCCGUUGGUAGAGAAGUGGUUCUCACGUGCUUACAAUGCGGACAUUGAGGUUGUAAAGCCAGUUGCUGCUAUUGAAGGUGUUGACAACCAGUUCGUCAGGGCUAGCCGGCCUAAUGGAGCCGAUCGGGCUUCAUGGGAGGAUUUCAAGAUCAAUGGCGAGGGCGAGGGUGAUGUGAAGAAGUGUUGA